CCUGAUCCUCAAAAGUCUCAGACUAUAAAAAUAGAUUCAAUGUUAGCUAAAAUUGAUGCAAUGUUAGCUGAAAUUUGGAAUAAAUGCCAGCAUACAUGUGGUACAUCUAUUCUGUGGAGACAUAUUAAGCUAAAAGGAAAUGAAGUAGAGGAUAAAUCUCGAUUAGAAAAAGUUAGAUAUAAACCAUUAAUUAGUUUUCUGGCUAGUGCGUCUAAUGAUAAAUCUGCCAAAGAUAUUAAAGAAAAAUUUGUUCGGAAAUUACUUGCAUUUGAUAUAGAAGAAGCGUUUCUUGAUGCUAAUAAAUUACUAGCCA